ACUCCGCAGUACCCGCCCGAGGCUGGGCGCGUAGCUUGGUGACCCCCACGUUCACCCGGGCGGCGUGGACGCCGCGGCCCAGGGACCCCCGGCCCACAGUGACGAGUUCCCAGCGAGCUAGGUCAGACGGAACCAGCGCCAGCCCCGCGGAGAAGGCGCCUCUAGGCCGCUGACUUCGGAUUUGUGAUCCUCCUGCCUCAGUCUUCCUAGUCACUGGGAUUACAGGCUCGCAAAACCAUACCUGGCUCCCUCGCCCUUAAUGAUCAUCGAUUCUUCUAAUCCUAGCAAUGUGUGACCAGAUGUUCGCCAUCCAGCCAGGGCUAGCCGAAGGGGACCAGUUCUUGGGGGGCCUGUCUCCUGGAGUAUGUCAGCCCAAGCUCCAGCCAGACAGCAACUCCAACUUCUUGGAGAGUGCCAGGGAUGCCAAUGAGAAUUGGCAUGGGAUGCCAAGCAAACUGGAUCCCAUCCUGACAAGGAACGCCUCUGAGCUGCCUUCUGACAACCAGGCCUUCCAGGCUUCUGGACUCCCUGAGGAAGGGAUUCGUAGCCCCCCAGAAGGUGCAGAAAUUCCUGGUGCUGAGCCUGAAAAGAGAGGUGGUGCCAGCACUGUCUGCUCUCCUCUGGAGGACAAUGGCUAUGCCAGCAGCUCCUUGAGCAUUGACAGUCCUAGCAGCAGUCCUGAGCCUGCCUGUGGGACCCCUCGAGGUCCUGGCCCUCCAGAUUCCCUUCUGCCCUCCGUGGCCCAGGCUGUGCAGCAGCUGCAGGCUCAGGAGCGCUACAAAGAGCAGGAGAAGGAGAAGCAUCAUGUACACUUGGUGAUGUACCGUCGCCUGGCACUGCUCCAGUGGAUCCGGGGUCUGCAGCACCAGUUGGUUGACCAGCAGGCACGUCUGCAGGAGAGCUUCGACACCAUCCUAGACAACCGAAAGGAGCUGAUCCGCUGUCUCCAGCAGAGGGCAGCACCAUCCAGAUCCCAGGACCAGGGCUAAGGGUGUGCCUACAUAAGUGUGCAAAAGCAUAAGUGUAUGUAUGUAGGCAUGUAUGUGGUUGUGCACAAAUAAGUACACGAUUUUUUGUUGGCAUGAAUUCAGGAAAGCAUGAGUGUAUAUGUGCUAACAUGCAGGCAGGUGUGUAUAGGCACAUGUGAAUGAACUUAAGUGCACUGUAUGUGCACUUGUGUACAUACAAGCUAACAUAUGUAUGAGUGAAUAAGAGUGAAUGCGUAUGUAUAGCACGUAUGUAACAGUAAAUUUAUAUAUGCAUGUAUGGACGGGUACCCAGGAAUGUAUAUGUGCAUGAGGGAGGAUGUACAUGCAAAAGAUAUGUAUGCAUAUACAUGAGUUUGUGUGUGUAGGCUUAUGCUGUGUAUGUGAGUGAAUCCUUGUUUGUUCAGGACUGUGAAGGGGUGCAUGUGUKCAGGUGCGGGCAUGAGAAGUGUCUGUUGGAGACAUGUAUUUGCAGACGGAUUCAUGAGCACAUGUGUGCAAAUAUAUAUUCAGUUGCACCUGUAGGGCAUCUACCCAUGCUGUCACCCAUGGUCUACCCUGGAUUUUUUUCUCUACUGAGUUCCACUGCUUCCUAGAGAGAAUGGGCUAGCUUACUGUCAUUUACCUGAGGAGUGUGACUGACACAUUCUCUUGGGGCUUCCCAGGCCACCUUUCUUUUUCCUAUUCCCUCACUUAACCCAGACCUUGCUCUGAUAAGGCUGUUGUCCCUGGUUUUGGCUUUAAUUCUGGCCCAUCAUGGCACUUUGGCUGCAGUUUUGUUGGGGCAGUUGGUGAAGAGUGGAUAUUGGAGGGAACUGGAGAAUUAUGGCAGGGGUGAAAGUGAGGACAGAGAAUGAGAUGGGGGACUGUCCCUCUUGAACUCUGACUUUGACCAUAUGGGAAAUGGGGGUGGGGGGAUGACAGUGGCAGAAGUCUGAAGAAUAGGAGAAUGGGUAUUAUAAAAUACCAGUUUCCAAACAACCAUACCUCUCCCCUGGAAAAGGAGCUGUUGAAAACUACAUUAUUUUAAGCUUCUGAUGAAAAGGAUUGUGUGCUUAUAAGCGUACAAGUAACAGGCAAGGUGUUCCAGGGCCAUUAGGGAAAAUCUCACUUCCCUCUCUGAGCCUCUACCUUGCCAUGCCUUUCUGGUUUAGAGCAUUGGAUGUAUGAUUGAUUUGGUCCAUUUCUCUGAAAUCAGUUUGCUCAGCUUUCCAGGUACACAGGGGACAGUGUCAGCCUCACCUCCAGAAGCUCUUAGGAUGUUGGAUCAUACCCCUUUCUGUCACUAUAUAACCCUUUAAACAGAGAUUGAUAGGCUCCAUGGAGCUCCAAAUGCUUCAUGAGUUGGAGAGCUGCUGAGUCUUGAGAACCAACAACUGAGGUAGCAGAGCUCUCUGCUUUGCUUCUGGGAGCCAAGAGUGCAACAUCAUGGUGAGCAGUGGCACAAAGAGGGAACACAGGCAGGCGAGUAGAAGCAAGGAAGUCACUGCUACUGCCUCUGUCCUCAGUCUCCCCACCUACAAAACAUGGGAACAUUUUUAGUUUGUCUCUAAAGAGCUCCAUCUCUUAUGGGUGGUGAAAGAUAUAGGGGGUAGGCGUGAGAUGUGGAUCCUGGGGGCUUUCCUCUCUGUAGAGCUUGCAUGUUGAAUGUGAACUUGGUCUCUGGACAAACACAGGAAGAAUAAA